AAUGCCUCGUUGCCCAAGGUUAUGUAAGUCUAUCAGCAAGGUUCAUGCAUUAACCCAAACUAUCAUUACGAGGCGCAUCUCGGUAUAAAAUGCUCAAAAGUCAACUCGGCUAACUGGAAACUAAAGUGUCUUUGGCCCGCUGUCAGCCACCUUAAUGUCAGCAUCCAACUGGAGUGCGGUAGACAACAUCAACUAUGGCAAGGGCGUUGGCCCAACCUUCCCGGAGCUCGUUGCAAAUGUAUCCGAGGUGUUACAGGUUGCCCAGCUGUCCUAUAUCGCCAUGUCAUCCCCUAGCGGCAGCUCAAACAUCAACUCGUCCACUUUCCUGAAUGUAUCGCAGAUCGCAAACAGGCUGCUCUGCGCGGAGGGUUCUGAUAUCGCUGGCGCCGUCAUGAUCCACGGCACGAACACGCUUGUGGAGACGGCCUUCGGCGUUGACCUGACCCUCCAGUGCGACAAACCCUUUAUCGUCACAGCUGCCAUGCGGCCCAACACGUACGUUUCGCCGGAUGGCCGUGCCAACUUCUACCAGGCAGUCGCCGCUGCCGUGUCCCCUGAUACUGUCGGCCGCGGUGGCCUGAUAGCCUUGAACGACCGCCUGACCAGCAUAUUUUACUCAACUAAGCUGGACGCCAACACGCCUGAUACUUUUAAAGCGCUUGAGCAGGGUAACGUCGGCGUCUUCCUGGCCGGCCAGCCGUACUACUACUUUGACGCUGCCUUGCCUACUGGCCGGCCCUACUUCGACAUCACCAACACGACGACUCUGCCAAGUGUAAUCACCCUCUACGGACACCAGGGCUUUGAUGCCUCUCUCAUGUACGCUGCAGUCGCCAACGGAGCAAAGGGCUUGGUCAUUCUCGGCGCCGGCGCGGCCUCGCUUAGCACUACGGCGACAACAGCCGCCGCUGAUCUGUAUGCGCAGGGCAUACCCGUUGUCGCCGCGCCGCGACCCAUCACCGGUGCUGGCGUACCAGGAAUUAGCCCCGGUACAGUGAUCAAAUCCGGCUAUGUCGGCGGCGAUCAGGCUCGCAUCAUGCUGCAGUUGGCUAUCAACGCCGGUUACAGUCUCGACCAGAUCCGCGACCUCUUCGAGGGCCCCUUGCGUAACGCCAUCUAUGGUCCUUAUGCUAACCAGCUUUUCUAUGGUCUCGUGCCCAACCCAGACGGUAUCUUCUAGAGAUACUGUAGACAUAAAUACGUAUAGAUCUUUAUGUUAUAUAUAAGGCAACAGCAGUCGUCCCAAGUUGAUACGAAAAGGGGAUGGCUUCCAUAGUGGGUCCCCUUCCACAACCUGCUGUUAAUAGAGUCAAAUUUUUAGUUUUCAUACCUGACUUACUGAGCCAUUGCUUGGCCGCGCGCUUCUACGUUUCAGUAAGCGCUUCGGAAAAUGUGCGCCUUGAUAUUCGUGACGGUGAUUAGUGGAAAGCGGAUGGGAUCCACUAGUCUGAUUCGUAGAGCAAUGGCCCGGAGCUUGUCAAGAUGGCGAAAGUCGUCGGGUGAUAUUGCCAAACCACUCUGGAUCACUUGGAUCCUCUAUGGAGCCAAGCACCUUUCGGAAUUAGAUGCUUCUGGGUGGACUUGAGCUUCUUUAUCCUGAAGAUACUAUUACUAUUCUCGCAGCAAGAUUGGGACCCAGUGGGCACCUGGGCCAGGCAAACGCAUUCAAGAGUUCAGCCGCUGCAGAAGAUGGCAUCAACACCUGUACAAAAUGCACCGAAACUCGGGAAGCCUUGCAUCACUAACGAAGCAAGCCACCGGAAUAUAGAUAUGAUCCCCUGGAUUGCUCUCACCCGGGGGCCAGACGAGGGUUCAUAUUGAUUAAAAAAGUCACCGGACAUUCUUGACUGUCUACUAUAUUUGUCAAUGAUACUCCAACACAAUUUGUCCAACACAAAGCUAAGAAAGUGGCAACGCAACCGGGCCCGCCAUGGUUGCGAGGGCCAGGUCAUAGUAAUUAUCAGGCAAUUGACUUGUGACCGCUGCAAACACCGCCCCAUUGAGUCCUUGUGGUACAUCCGCAACUCCCCUGCCUUGACCAACGAUCGACAAUACCGUAUACACCGGCACAUUCAGCUGGUUGGUCCAGCCGAAUAACCACUGUUUUCCCUGCUCCAAAACGAAAGGCAUCUGCAUCGGAUCCCACGAGAAUGCCAUUUCUGACGGAACCACGGUGGUGUUCGCAGCGGCAGCGGGGGUCGUGGUGGUAUUUUGAUAUGGUGCGAUGCUCGACGCUAUUCCCGUGGCCCCUGAGGAUCUGUUGUCAGCCGUAGUCGGGGCUGACACCGUUAACGUGGGCAGAAUUGGUAGUGGGAGUUCCGUUGGACACGAUCCAGGCACGAUAAAUGGAAGAGCCAAAUUGUAUGCCCAGAUACUGCUAAUCCCGGUGUCAAAUGGAGCUGGGUUAGGGACUCUGCCACCCACAUGGCGGAAGAAGGCGUCAUGGCGGGACUCGACUGUUGAUGUUGGAGCGUUGCUGUUUCCGCCAGGCCCUCCUGCGCAGCCAUCUGAUCAGCAGCCAGUAGCACACGAACGUGAGGCCGAUGCCGCCGACCACGCCACUCACAACCGCACCAACCAGGCCGGCCCGGGCGAAGGACGAUAUCUUGGUGGAUUUGGCGGGAACUGGGGUUGUAUCGGUGCAAAGUGUCUCCGUCAUUACAUAUGGUCCGUAUUGACGAGCCGAGGCGAGGUGAAAUGCUGGCGGUUUUGAAUCAUAGUUUGCGACGAGAUAAAUAUUCGAAAGGAAUGCGGAGCCUAGCAGACCGACUCCUGCACUAUCGCUUCCGUUAUUGCUGGAAGCCGUAGUAUGCCCUGCUGAGAUUGGAGAAUUGUUGGACACGUUGCGCAGCCAGUCUGAGUCGUAAGUCAUGUUGAAGCCACCUUCCAAUGAGAUUGUAAGUGUUGAAUCAGUGUUGUCUGGAAGCCGCAGAACGGGGUUGGCACCAUCGGCGGGCGUGGCGCCGGUUGCAUCGGCAAAUUUCUGUGUCACACUUCCAGGCCAGCUGAGCUGAUACUGACCCGUAGUAAUGUAUGCGUCGAAACUGGCAUCGAGCAGAUUCGUCUUCUUGCCAUCUGCAUCAGUGAGAGUCAUUUGGGCGACGGAGACCUUGAAAGGGCUAUGGCCUGCUUCAGCAGAUGCGGGCCCAAUUGUGAAAUUGUACACAUCUCCCUCCAACCGACCCGAGUCGUACCCGCCAAGCGUUAAAGAGCCGUUGAUUACGCCAUUGGCUGCUUCAUAUCCUGUCCCCAUGUACAAACCAAAAGACCGGGUGGCAAUCAGCUGUGCAUCGGACAGGUGGCGCAAGAGGGUACUUGAAGGACCCAAACCGACGAGCCCUGCCGGGCCAAACCAUGUCGUCCGAUUGGAGGAGUAGUUGGAGAGGACAGUGACAGGGAAAUCAUGGAUGUGAGUUACAUUUGGGGGAGAAGGGUCGAAGUAAUGCGUGAAGAGAUUGAAUGUGUCAAUCGCGGUUUCGACAAUUGUGGCUGGGAUGGACCCUAGCUCGUCGACCGACUGGUAAGAUGAGCCGGACGAGUAACUGUUGUUUCGACCUUGGUCAAUUCCAUGAGAGCUUUGUAUCAGGAGCAAAACUGGCUUACGUCUUGGACAAGUCUGGAGAAUAGAACCCAUGAUUUUGCGUUAGGCAGUCUCCAAAGGGACUGGUGCCGCAGUAGUCCAUAUUUCC